CUGCAGGCGGUUUUGCCCUGGUCUUCCUGGUUCGCACCAGCAAUGGGAUGCGGCGUGCUCUGAAACGCAUGUAUGUGAAUAAUGAACAUGACCUCCAGGUUUGCAAGCGGGAGAUACAAAUCAUGAGGGAUCUCUCUGGGCACAAGAACAUCGUCGGGUACAUAGAUUCCAGUAUUAAUUCUGUGAGCAGUGGAGAUGUUUGGGAGGUGCUUAUACUUAUGGAUUACUGUAGAGGGGGGCAAGUUGUAAAUCUGAUGAACCAGCGUCUGCAGACUGGGUUUACUGAGGCCGAGGUCUUACAGAUCUUCUGUGACACAUGUGAAGCAGUGGCUCGCCUCCACCAGUGCAAGACUGCCAUCAUUCACCGAGAUCUCAAGGUUGAAAAUAUCCUACUUCAUGACCGUGGUCACUACGUCCUGUGCGACUUUGGAAGUGCAACAAAUAAAUGUCAAAACCCCCAGACUGAAGGUGUCACUGCUGUGGAGGAUGAAAUCAAAAAGUAUACCACACUUUCCUAUCGUGCCCCUGAGAUGGUGAAUCUUUACAGUGGCAAAGUCAUCACUGCCAAGGCGGAUAUCUGGGCCCUGGGAUGUCUACUUUACAAGCUGUGUUUCUUUACCCUUCCAUUUGGUGAGAGUCAGGUGUCAAUCUGUGAUGGGAAUUUCACAAUUCCAGACAACUCCCGGUACUCCCAUGAUAUGCAUUGCCUCAUCCGGUACAUGCUUGAGCCAGAUCCAGACAAGAGGCCGGACAUCUUCCUAGUAUCCUAUUUUGCCUUUAAGCUAACAAAGAAGGAAUGCCCUGUGCCCAAUGUGCAUGAUUCUGCUAUCCCUGCAAAACUCCCUGAACCAGUGAAAGCGGGAGAAGCUGCUGCUAAGAAAACCCAGCCGAAGGCCCGGCUCACUGAUCCGGUUCCAACAACUGAAACCUCCAUUGCACCUCGCCAGAGACCCAAAGCUGGUCAGACUCAACCGAACCCGGGGAUACUUCCAAUUCAGCCGGCUCUGACACCAAGGAAAAGGCCUACUGUUCAGCCUGCUGCUGCCACCCCUGGUCCAGCAGGAAGCAUUCAGCCCACAGCCCCUCCUGCAGUUCAGCCUGCUGUAAAACCAGUGGCUCAGCCCCAACAGCAGGUGAAGCCUGCUCAGCCUUCCCCACAGCCUAAUGCCACAGUGACCACCACAGCCCAAACUGCAGCAGCUCUGCAGACCCCAGCAGCACAGGCGGCUCAGCCUGCACCUCUUCCACAGCAACAACAACAGCAGCAGCAAAUGUAUCUAAAGCAGCAGCAACUUCUUCAACAACAACAGGCAGCAGCACUAUAUCAGCAACAGGUGCUGCAGGCGCAGCAGAUACAAGCCAUGCAGCAGCAGCAGAUGAUCCAGGCCUACUACCUUCAGCAGCAGCAGCAGCUGAUGGCCCAGCAGGCUGCGAUGCAACAGAAAGCUGCUCAGCAAGCUGUAAUGCAGACCCCCUUACCUGCUCAGCAAACUGUAAUGCAGACCCCCUUACCUGCUCAGCAAGCUGUAAUGCAGACCCCCUUACCUGCUCAGCAGGCUGUAAUGCAGACCCCCUUACCUGCUCAGCAGGCUGUAAUGCAGACCCCCUUACCUGCUCAGCCUCAACCGGUGCCAGCCACUGUGCAGGUGCCUGCUGCCCAGGACCAAGGGAUCCAAGCUCCUGUAAGGACUACCCAGAAAUCGCAGCCAGCGACAACACAGCCCAGUGCAGGGCCUAAAUUAGGGUCCCUUACUCCUCCUUCCUCUCCGAAGACCCAGCGUGGAGGACACAGGAGGAUACUGAGUGAUGUUACACACAGUGCUGUCUUUGGUGUUCCUGCUAGCAAAUCCACUCAGCUUCUCCAGGCUGCAGCUGCUGAAGCCAAUCUCAAUAAGUCAAAGUCGGCUACAACAACCCCCUCUGGCUCACCAAGGACUUCUCAGCAGAAUGUCCACAAUCCCCCGGAGCCUUCUGGCUGGAACCCUUUUGAUGAUGAUAACUUCUCAAAACUUACUGCUGAAGAACUUUUAAACAAGGACUUUGCUAAACUGGGAGAGAGUAAACCACCAGAGCAACUGAGCAGUUCAACGGAGGACCUCCUGUCAGGCUUUCCAGCCCCCCCUGCUGUGUCUCAAGCGGAUACCUUUGGUCCUUCUCUGUUUUCCAGUGGAACAGCUGCGGAUAAACCUGUAGAUGUUCAGGGUCAGGAUCCCAGCCCUCCAUUGCACAAAACGCCUGACCCAUUCUUACCUCUCCCUCUGUCUGAUGCUCCAGAAAAAAUUGAUUGAGGGUCUCAAAUCUCCAGAGCCCCAGCUUCUGCUUCCUCACCUUGUACAACUGGCAGAUCCCUUUGGGAGCACCUCCGAGGCUGUGAAUGGAAAAGCUGAACCGGUGGUGGAGAGCCUCAUUCCAGGGCUUGAGCCUCCUAUGCCCCAGCGCCUCUCAUCCCAGGCUGACUCCAUUGCUUCAAAUCGUACAGACUCUCUCACUGGGGAGGACUCUCUUCUUGACUACUCUAUUUUAUCUAACCCUGCGGCUGACCUUCUUGAUGAGUUUGCCCCUGUAACUCUUUCUGCUCCAACAUCUGCAGACGAUACUAACCUCCUAACUGGCUUUGAUAUCCCGGAUGAUACAGAAAAAACAGCUGAUGAUGAGUUUGAUCCUAUUCCUGUACUGGUAUCCAAAAAUUCCCAAGGUCCUCACUCUAAUAACAGCAGUGGGAACUCAGAGUCCAGCCUACCAAACAUGUCCAGGUCUCUACUACUGGUGGAUCAACUCAUAGACUUGUAA